CUUGAGGCGUGAGUCGGGAGAGGAAGACUUCAUGCAGGCGACAGGCAGAUGAGCUGAUGGCAAGUAAGGGACUCUUCUAGCAGUGUGACGCCCCGUGAGAAAAGCACAAGAUGCUUCAGCAUAAUCUGGUCACCCGGGACUCCUCUCACACACCCAUUGUCAGUAUCGCGUCUGAUCAGCCUGCCCUGAGCGAGCAGGAGGAGCUACAGAGGCGAGCUAAUCAGGUGACAGAUGAAUCGCUGGAGAGCACGCGCAGGAUGAUGCAACUGGUGGAAGAAAGCAAAGAUGCCGGCAUUCGAGCGUUGGUCAUGUUGGAUGAACAAGGAGAGCAGCUGGAGCGCAUCGAAGAAGGUUUGGAUCAGAUCAACUCGGACAUGAAGGAAGCGGAGAAGAACCUGACCGACUUGGGCAAGUGCUGCGGCCUGUGUGGCUGUGACAAGCUCAAGGCCUUCGAGAAAAGCGGCGCCUACAAGGCAGUUUGGGGCGGGGCGUCCGGACAAGACGGCGUGGUGUGCAAUCAGCCGCCAUCGUCUCGGGUGGUGGACGAGCGGGAACAAAUGACCAUGAGCGGCGGACACAUUCGAAGGGUGACCAACGACGCCCGCGAGGACGAGAUGGAGGACAACCUGGCUCACGUGGGCAACAUCAUUGGGAACCUGAAGAGCAUGGCGCUGGACAUGGGCAGCGAGAUCAACGCGCAGGACGCCCAGAUGGUGCGCAUUGAUGGGAAGGUCAACCACAACAUGUCUCGCAUCGAUGCCGCCAACCAGAAAGCGAACACCCUCAUGAAGCGCUGAGACGUCGCCCCGGGACGUCGCUCAAAAGUGGAAGCCCGCCAUUGGUCCAGCUGGAAGGGAGCGGCGUGAUUUGACUAAAAAUAACACUCACUGAGCUUACAACAAAACAAAACAAUGACCUGUUAAAAUGGUGGCUGUUUUCUUUACAUAUUCUAUAAGGAUAUUAUAUCUGAUAAGUGAUCCACCUAGAUUUUCAACAUCCAGACGCCCCAAACUUCAAUUAUCCAUAACCAAAACAGGCGUUUGCCCCUGUCGGCCACCGUAGCUUUUGUAAACAAACAUUAGGAGAGAGAGAAAAGAAGCACGGCAGUGCCUUCUGCUGGCGUACGAUGGUGUCACGUACAAGACAGACGUCCUGUGUGCACUUUGAGAGUGAACUCUGGCGACAACAAGCGGCCACAAAGACAAGCACAACACAAUGAUAGCAAUGAUACAAACAAAGUAAACAAUGUGUUGUGCGCUUGUCGGAGAACAGUCAAAAAUAUUAUAUACGAAAUUAAAAACACAGGCAGGUUGGUAAAAGUAUCAAAUAUGAGUUGCACUUGUAAGAGUACUAUACAUUUGACUUUUGAUUGAUUCAUUGAUUGAAGCUUUUAUUAGUAGAUUGCACAGUACAUAUUCCGUACAAUUGACCACUAAAUGGUAACACCCAAAUAAGUUUUUAAACUUGUUUAAAGGGGAACAUUAUCACAAUUGCAGAAGGGUUAAAACCAAUAAAAAACAGUUCCCAGCGGCUUAUUUUAUUUUUCGAAGUUUUUUUCAAAAUUUUACCCAUCAUGGAAUAUCCCGAAAAAAGGCUUUAAAGUGCCUGAUUUUCGCUAUCUUCAAAUCCAUCGUCCAUUUUCCUGUGACGUCAUUUAGUGAUGACAACAUGGCAGAUAGCACAGCAAGAUAUAGCGACAUUAGCUCGGAUUCAGACUCGGAUUUCAGCGGCUUAAGCGAUUCAACAGAUUACACAUAUAUUGAAACAUAUGGUUGGAGAAUGGAGGCAGAUAGCGAAAACGAAAUUGAAGAAGAAACUGAAGCUACUUAGCGAAUAGCUAUUGACGCUAUUCGGCGAUCGCCUUCGAUUGAGUGUCGCAGGAUGUCCAUACAUCUCUGUGCCAUGUCUGCCUUAGCACCGCCGGUAAAAUGUGCAGACCAAACGAUCGGGACUUUCGCAUCUUGUGACACUGGAGCGACUUAAAGCCGUUGAUUGUUAAGUGUUUGUUUGACAUUAAAUGUGGGUGGAGAGAAAGGCUGGAUGCAAAUAUAGCUACAAAUGUACAUACAGCUAGCCUAAAUAGCAUGUUAGGAUGAAUUAGCUGGCAGUCAUACCGUGACCAAAUAUGUCUGAUUAGCACAUAAGUCAAUAACAUCAACAAAACUCACCUUUGUGAUUUCGUUGACUUUAUCGUUGGAAAUGCAUCUGCAGGAUAUCCAUACAUCUCUGUGCCAUGUCUGCCUUAGCAUCGCCGGUAAAAUGUGCAGACCAAACGAUCGGGACUUUCGCAUCUUGUGACACUGGAGCAACUUAAAUCCGUCGAUUGGUAAAUGUUUGUUUGGCAUUGAAUGUGGGUGGAGAAAAAGGCUGGAUGCAAAUAUAGCUACAAAUGUACAUACAGCUAGCCUAAAUGGCAUGUUAGCAUCGAUUAGCAUGCCGUGCUAAUCGAAGCACACUCCAUGUAAGUCAACUUGAAUCCGUCCCUGAUCCUGUUGUUACACCCUCCGACAACACACCGACGAGGUAUGAUGUCUCCAAGGUACGGAAAACAGUCGAAAAAAUGGAAAAUAACACAGCUGAUUAGACUCGAUGUUUGUAAUGUGUUUGAGAAAAUGGCGGACUGACUACCUAGGUAACGUCACGUUGUGACGUCAUCGCUCUGAGAAUUAAUAAUAGAAAGGCGUUUAAUUCGCCAAAAUUCAACCAUUUAGAGUUCGGAAAUCGGUUGAAAAAAUAUAUGGUCUUUUUUCUACAACAUCAAAUUAUAUAUUGACGCUUACAUAGGUCUGGUGAUAAUAUUCCCCUUUAAGUCGAGGUCCACGUUAAUCAAUUCAUGGCAAUUUAAUUUGGGAUAUAAGUGUUGUGAACGCAAAAUCUCAAAAUAUAACUUAAUGAAAUAAAUAAAUAAAAAACACAGCAAUAAGAGGACAGUUGUUAAAAAUGGAACCAUGAAUAUAACUGCAUGGUUAAGGAAUGGCAAACACUACGGUAUAAAUCAGGCGUGUCAAACUAAUUUUGGAUCGUGGGCCACAUGGAGAAAAAUCUACUCCCAAGUGGGCCGAACUGGAGAAAUCACGGCACGAUAAAAAUAAAGACACAUUCAGAUUGUUUUCUUUGUUUACAAAUAGAACAAGCAAGUUCUAAAAUUGCUCAAAUCAUAACGUUGAUGGGUUUUGUCUUUUUUUUUUUUUUUACAAUUACUUGUUGCGGUUAAUAAUAUAUUUACUUUGUUGUUAUUUAUAUUUUCUGAAUCAAUUAUGUGAAAAUGUUCAUCAGUCAACUCAUUGGUGUUCAUUUUCAAUCUAUCAAGAUAAAAAAAAUUAUAUCAAAAUCCAAUUACAGGAUCCUAUUUAUGCAGUUUAAUAAUUUUCCUUGACUAACAU